AUGAGGCUGAGGAUCAAUGAUCGUUUCGGGUGGUCAAAGUAUGGGGUCGAACCCCAGAUCGGCAGUAAAUGGAGCGUCUGGGACAUGAGCAAUGGGUCUGUUUUGUAUCGUGAUCGAGUCGAGGAUGACGACGACGACGGAUCGUCGUCUUCGUCCGUCGGGUGGGAGAAGCUGCUGGAGGAGAAGGAGAAGCAAGUGGCUGCUCUCGAGGCUGCCUUAGAAGCUCUUAUUCGUGACAAACGUGAAAACAAAAUUAAAUGUGACCUAAAUAUGGUGUAA